UUGGUCUGCAGCCAAACCUCUUUAGAAAUAUCUAAAAAGGCUGGGACCUCUGGAGUUCUACUAUUUACUACAAAUCAGUCGGGCAGGGGGAGAUGAUGUCAUCAUUGCAAGUGUGUGUGCAUGGAAUGAGACUUCUUGGAUAUAUAUAAAUACAGGGAUUCCAUCACCGGGGGAGCACUGGGAGACUGGACACCAGCAAAAGCACCAGCAUCAAAUCACACUAUCUGCAUGAUGAAGGCUGCAGCUGUGCUGUUCCUCCUCUUAGGACUCUAUUGCUGCUUCUUUGCCUCAGAUGCUCGUCAUUCCUAUGAGCCACAGGUUGACUGCAGUGCUUAUAUGAAGCUUUCCGACAGGAACAAACCUAAAGGAUGCACCCUGGAGUACUUCCCAGUAUGUGGUUCCAAUGGCCAAACGUACACCAACAAAUGUCUCUUUUGCAGAGCAGCCAUAGCAAGUCAAGGGAAGAUCCAUUUUAAGCAUUAUGGGAAAUGCUGAGUCAUUGCCACACACGGUCUAUGGAGGCGUGUUCCAUUCAUCUCUGGCAGCUCUGCCUUGCUCUUUUCAUCUCAUCCUGCCACAUCCUAAUCCACUCAAGCUUUUGUUCUUUUCAAGUUUCUCCUGAUCUGUUGAUUCAAAAUAAAGACUUUCCCGUCUUA